AGUUUACAUUCAGACUUACGUAAAUACAGAUCUAAGGGACUCUAGAUACCGCCGACUUAGGCUUUCGCAAUGGAUAUGUUUAAUAUAAAACCGUUAAGUAAGGAUGAGUGGUCUCCGGAUACGCUGUUCGGCGUGGAGGCCACAGGGGUCGAGGGAGGGAACCUCGCCGACCCCACAGCGAUAGCAUCUACCUCGAGCGAGGAGAGGGCCCUGCACCGCAUCACGGGUCGCUGGGGCGCCGAGUGGUUGAGCUGACUCGGCUCCGGCACCAGCACGCCUGCGGUCUGGCCCGCAGACCACCCCCUACCGCCCCCGCGGUGGGGAGCGCCGCGCCCGGCUUUGCACCUAUCCCUUCAACAGUAUGAGGAGAUGGUCGCGAAAGCCGAGGCGUUGUUAAGCCGUCUCGUCGUCUCAGAGAAUUAUGAUUCCGUCAACAACUUCCUCAGCCUAUAUGACACCUACAUGGCGUCUCCGGAUGAGGACCUCGAGACUUUCUUCCCAAAGUACAACCCACCGAUCCGCGCACACAAACACACUUGCGUCGGUCUCGCCAUGGAAGUUAUGAAGCGUCUUCGAGUUUUGGAGAAAGACUACCCGGGUAUCACUAAAUCGAUGAUGCUCGUGUCUUGCGAUGAGAACAUUCAAGAUCUGUUAGAUUACACCACGUCGUUUCCGGGACCUCAAGGAUUCCUGAUCGAAACCGAGAAAGACCACGUGAUGGUGGCGAUACAUGUGAAGGUUGGAGGAAGAGCUGGUGUGUUCCUUUCGGACUUGGGUUACCACAUAUCCCGAGUCGUGACAGUGAUGGCUGAUCGUUGCUAUCCACACACUGGUUGGUUCACACAGUCUGACGAGCCGCACUGCCGCAAAGAUUAUAACUAUCAAUUUAAUGCCCAUAAUAACGGUUAUGUGGAAUGGCACGAGCGUGAGACCAGAGCCGGAGUCACCAAAGAGCGCUUAUCUUUAGUCUAUGUGGCCAAGAGCUAUAUGACAGCUAUAAGCGUCACAGAGAAGAGGAAUCUGAUAUGGGACUUAAGGAGUCUUCUGGCGAGGGACCCUAAGGGUCAUCUCACAGCUAGUAUAUACUUUCACGUGAAGAAGAAGGACCAGCAGUUCACCAUGUUCUUCGACAGCAACAGCGGCAAACAACGGAAGAAACUGAAGUUUGAAACUUUCUUGGAACUGCAAAAGAUUCCUGAUGACGUCGUAGAAGAUGUGGACCAGUGCAACGACCAGCUGCGGUUAAGAGACGGCGAACUUUUGUCCAUCUUGAACAGACUAGCCACAAUCAUGGCUGACCAAGAAUACGUGUCCGAAGUCCUGGAAAUCAACGAUAAAGUCGUCCAGUUGUCAGCUGGCAACUAAAGACACCAGUAGUUUUCAAUAAUUUGAAAUACCAUAGACCCCGUGUCCUUAAAUAUAAUUUUGCAUAUAUAUUUUUUUAUUAAUCACAUUUUGUUGUACUCCAUCAUGUUUCAUUUUAAAUUACCUUUAUAGAUACUUAAUGAAAUAUUUUAUAAUUAAUGACCGAUUGCAAGUUUUUAUAGUCCCCAUUCUUAGAAUUAUAAUAAUAUGCUUAGUUACUAGAUUUUCAUUUUCUAUGUAUUUUCAUUUUAGUUAUUCAAGCAUGCCUUUAAAUCACUAGUACUCACAAAUUGUAGUAUUAAGUCUCUAGAUUAUGAUUAUGCUCCAGAUAGGACUUGAAUAUAGAUCUAAGUACUUCUUAGUGAACCCUCUGAGACAAGAUACGAGAACGGU